GCAGACUUGGCUAUGUGCUUUAGUUUGACAGAUUAUGGGGAAGGAGUCGAAGCGCCCGGUGCUUGGAGCAGCAUCAAUGGCUUGUUUGCUUAUUGUGGUUUCGCUCUGUAUCACCCUUCUCGUAUCGAAGGACUCGCCAUUUCUUUCAUGGAGGAAUCAGAUUCCAAAUUGGAGGGGCAAGAAUGAUGCCAGAGAGGUAGAUGAAGUGACCAUAGAGAGAGACGCUCUCAUGAAUCUUCUCAGAAGACUAGUAAUAGGAGAAGAGAGAAACCAGCUUGAGGUUGGAGGGUUCACAUGCCACUUCGACCUCCACACCGAAAUGUGUCUCUCAGCUAAUCCCGUUAGGAUCUCCAAUCGAGGGUUGACUGUUCACGUACUGUCCAAUGGAUCUCAGUUCGAGCGCUCCGUUCGACCCUACGCGAGGAGAGAAGACAAACAUAUGAUGACACCAGUCACUCCAGUGCAGAUACUUCACGGGGACGCAGCUAAUUCACCGCCCUGCCAUUUCAUGCACGGCAUCCCGGCGGUGAUCUUCUCGACGGCUGUUACAGGAAACGGGUUCCACGAGUUCAGCGAAAUGGUCAUUCCCUUGUUCCUCACAUGCCGGCACUUCCAAUCGCAGCUGAAGUUCAUCACCACCGACCGCAAUGCCUCGUGGAUUCAGAAAUACUCAAGGAUUUUGAACCGCUUGUCUGAUUACGAGGCUCUCAAUUUAGACGAUGGGAGUGUUCACUGCUUUCCAGGGGCAGUUGUGGGACUUAGGUACCACAACAUUUUAGCCCUGAACACCAGCGACGUCCCCGCAGGAUACUCCAUGCGCGAAUUCAGGCAAUUCCUCAGAGAAUCUUAUGAUGUGAAGUUAAAGAACGUGCACGAGAUGGAAAAGCUACAGAAGCCGGUCCUGAUCCUCAUUUCCAGGAACCACACGAGAAAAUUCCUGAACGAGGACGCGGUUGUGGAACUGGCACAAGAGUUGGGCUUUGAAGUAGUGAGGGCAGGGCCUACUUUGGGGUCGAAUCUAGAGCUGUGGGCGAAGAUGGUCGGUUCAGGCAACGUUUUGGUUGGAGUCCACGGUGCGGGUCUUAGUAACGAGAUCUUUUUGCCAGAUGGCGCAGUGGUAUUUCAGGUGGUGCCACUAGGACUAGACUGGCCUUCGACCAACUUUUUCGGAAUUCCGGCGACCGCAAUGGAUCUGCAUUAUCUGGAAUAUAAGAUAGAGCCCAAGGAGAGCUCUCUGUCUGAAGUAUACGGGCCGGAUGAUCCGGUGAUUGUCGACCCUGCAUCUAUCUUUGCGAAGGGGUACGUAGCAGGGAGGGCUGUGUACAUCGAUGGCCAGAAUGUGAAGAUCAACUUGGAUAGAUUUAAGGACACACUGGAGGAAGCAAUGAGACUUGUUAGACAUUCCAAGACUUAAGGCUGAGCUCAUUGUCAUUGCAUAACAGAAGGCAACAGAGUUGGCUUUCUGUCAUCUGUUUUUGGAUAUACACCUCAACUUUUUACUGAAGCAACAUUCUAUUGUUGUGUGCUGCAAAAUUCUAUUGCUUUGUAUUUUUCCAUAUUUCUAAACUGUAAAUAAGCUUGGUAGUAAGAAAAACGCGAUCGGUUUACUGUU